GGGGGCGGGGCGCGCGCCGCCGAUCUAGGCCGCCGUCGGGUUGGGGGUCCGGUUUGGUGGCUGUGGGCUACUGCGGCGGUGCUGUCGGAGGCCGCUUCUCAAACGCGGGAUGUUGCUUCUGGCGUUGGGCGUCCGGUGGGCGUCCGGAGUGCGGCUCAGCUGGAAGAGGACGGCAUUGUGGGCGGCCACUGCGCCCCGAGGCCCGCGGGCUGCCUCCUGCGGCGGGCUCUCGGAGCGGGUCGGCGGCGGCGGCGCGGGGCUGUGGGGAGCCGCGCCCGUUCUCUGGCGUCCCGGGCGAGCGCAGAUGCCUGUUUGUUGGGAAGGAUGUGUUCGAUGCUCACAUACACAACUUGACAAAUCAGAAGAUGGAAGGCUGAUUUAUACUGGGAAUCUGGCCCGAGUAGUAUUUGGUGUGAAGUGUUUCUCUUAUUCUACAAGUAUGAUCAGCUUUGCAUGUCUACCAUACUUUCUUACACAAAACAAUAUUAUGUCUGAAAAUCUUCUUUUGCAAAUCUUAUUUUUUGGCAUCAUAGGAAGCUUUACAGUGAUCACUCCAGUGCUGCUUCACUUUGUUACAAAAGGCUAUGUCAUUCGGUUGUACCAUGAGGCAGCUACAGACACUUACAAAGCCAUUACUUAUAAUGUUGUGCUUUCAGAAACAAGUACAGUGUUCCACCAGAAUGACGUGAAGAUUCCAGACAGCACACAUGUGUUUACCACAUUUUUUGCUAAAACAAAGUCACUGUUAGUUAAUCCAACGCUCUUUCCAGACCCUGAAGACUAUAUCCAUCUAAUGGGUUAUGACAAACCAUUCACUUUGGAUAUGGAAGAAACCAGUGAAAACAAACAGGUUAAGGAGGAGAAAUGAGCAUAUUGUUUUUAUGUUUGUGAUUAAAUGUGAUUUAUGUUUCAAUAUAUAAUAAUAAAAUUGUCUUUACUUUUGUAUUCUGUUAGUGACUGUUAAAAAUAAUUUGAAAUUAUCAAACAGCUUUUAAUUUUCAGAGAAUGAUAACUGACAGUAAAAUAAGCUAUGUUUGAAAAACAAAACAUGGUUAUCUACCAUUUGUGCUUAAGGUGUGUGAAUAUACAUGUUCAUGAUGAUAUAUAACAGAUAAUUUAAGAGCUGUAUCUAAGUGUGGUUGCCUCUAAACUGGGGAUCUGUCAGAAACAAAUGAGAGAGUUACUUUUUUCUUUGUAUGUGGAUUUUUAUGUGUAUAUGAAUAUUCUUUUCCCACAUUAAAAAACUUUGAAAAAUUCACAAAUUAUGAGAAGCAGUGUUAAUCUGUCUCCUUUGGUUCAGCACAUAGGUUUUGCCUACCUCCUCUGGCAUGAUUGCGUAUAAUGAGAACGUUCACAUAUAGUUGAGUUUGUGGUUAGCUAUCAGGGAAACGGUAACCCAAGUAGUGUUGUUUUCGAUGUUCUUGCUUGGCACCCUAUCACCGUAGGAAAAUCACUGGUACUAAAUACGUGGACAGUACCUUCUAUAAAAUAGUCUCUAUGCUAGCUUUUGCUUCCAAAAGUAACAAA